AUGCCGGAGCUGGUGGUGACAGCGCUGCUGGCGCCGUCGCGCGUCACUCUGAAGCUCCUGCGCGCCUUCAUGUGGAGCCUCGUGUUCUGCGCGGCGCUGCUGACCGCCGCCGUCUAUGGCUGCAUCGCGCUCACGCACGUGCUGUGCCGGCCCCGGCGCGGCUGCUGCGGGCGCCCCCGGCGCACCCCACCCGCCUGCUUGAGCGACCCCACGCUGGGCGAACACUGCUUCCUGACCCUCAAGAGCUCGGGCCUGCGCCUCCACUAUGUCUCCGCCGGACGUGGCAACGGACCCCUCAUGCUGUUUCUGCACGGCUUCCCGGAGAACUGGUUCUCCUGGCGCUACCAGCUUUGGGAGUUCCAGAGCCGCUUCCACGUGGUGGCUGUGGACCUACGGGGUUACGGCUCCUCAGAUGCACCUCGGGAUGUUGACUGUUACACCAUCGACCUGCUGAUGGCGGACAUCCAGGAUGUCAUCCUGGGCCUGGGUUAUUCCAAGUGCAUCCUGGUGGCCCACGACUGGGGUGCGGUCCUCGCCUGGAAUUUCUCCAUCUACUACCCGUCCCUGGUGGAGCGGAUGGUUGUUGUCAGUGCGGCCCCCAUGUCUGUGUACCAAGACUACUCUACACACCACAUCAGCCAGUUCUUCCGUUCCAACUACGUGUUCCUGUUCCAGCUUCCCUGGCUGCCUGAGAAGUUACUGUCCAUGUCUGACUUCCAGAUCCUGAAGACCACCCUCACACACCGCAAGAGAGGCAUCCCACACUUAACUCCCAACGAGCUCGAGGCCUUCCUUUAUGACUUCUCCCAGCCCGGUGGCCUCACUGGGCCCCUCAACUAUUACCGAAACCUCUUCAGGAACCUUCCCCUGGAGCCCCAGGAACUGGCCACGCCCACGCUGCUGCUGUGGGGAGAGAAGGACACCUACUUGGAGCAGGGGCUGGUAGGAGCCAUCAGCAGUCGCUUUGUGCCCGGCCGGCUGGAGGCCCACAUCCUGCCAGGCGUGGGGCACUGGAUCCCACAGAGCAACCCCGAGGAAAUGCACCAGUACAUGUGGGCCUUCUUGCAAGACCUGCUAGGCUAG